CGGCGCUGGCAGGGCUCCGCUCCGCUCCGCUCCCCGGGGCAGGGCGGCCGCAGGUGCCGGCUCCGCGCCGCUGCCCCUCCGCCGGGUCAGCUCUUCCAUUCGCCCCUGCCCAGGGGGAAAAGACUUUGAGAAGAUGGAGAACCAGAGCCGAGCACUCUCGGGAUAUGUCCGCUGGGGAGGAGCAGAGGAAGGGGGUGAGGAGGAUGGUGUGGCUCCCGGUGCUUCUCCUCACAGCCAAAUGGACAAACUGGAAGAUGUGCAGGUGGAGAUGCUUGAGAAGGCGAGGGAGCUCUUCCAGCUGUGUGACAAGGACCAGAAGGGUUUUAUUACAAAGGUGGACAUGCAGCGGCUCCAGAGUGAACUGCCCCUAACCCAUGAGCAGCUGGACACUGUUUUUGACAGCUUAGAACAGAACAAUAAUGGAUACCUGACACCUGUGGAGUUCAGCAUGGGACUAGGAAAAUUAUUAGGGAUUGAAUUGUGUCAGGGGGCUGGGAGAAUGGAUCGCUCCAGACAUGAGGAGACCUUUGAGUCAGGCUGGUCAGAUGACUUGGACCCGGCAGAUGAUGAUGAAGAGAAACGAUUCUGUUCCAUGAUGGAGCAGCUUGGAGCAGCCCAGAUGUUUGAAGAUCCACGUGAGAUUCGGGAGCUCUGGGCUCGGCUACGAAAGGAGCGUCCAGAGCUCUUAUCCAAUUUUGAAGAGUUUCUGUUGCGUGUUUCAUCAUACAUAAGGGAGGUGAAUCAUGAAAAGGAGUCUAUGGAACAGGCGUUGAAGCGGAAGGAGACAGACCAUGACCGAGAAGUCAGGUGCCUUUAUGAAGAAAUGGAGCAACAGAUCAAAGCAGAAAGGGAGAGGCUGAUCUGCCAGGAGGCACUGAGACAUGACAGGAGUAACCUGCUCCAGAAGGAACUGUGCAGCAAAGAGCAGGAGCUGGAGAAAAUCCUCUACCGCCAGAAGAAGCUGGAACAUCAGCUACAGUCGCUGAACUCAGAGCAGCUGGAGACCCGUGUGCAGAAUGAAAGGCUCCGGCACCUGAAUGAAAAUCUGCUGGAAGAACUGGAGAAAAGCAAAUGGGAGCUGGAGGCAGUGAAGGGGCAAUUACAGAAGCUCCAGAAAGAGGCUCAGCUUCAGCAAGAGCAGAAGGACAGGGAUGUGUUUAGAGUCUCCAAGAACAUGCAGAAAGAGAAGCAAAGCCUCCUUCGGCAGCUGGAGCUCCUCAGAGAGAUGAACAAGAAACUUCGAGAUGAGCGAGACGUUUUUGAAGCCAAGAAGCUGGCGCCUCAGAGCAAAAAGCCCCUGUUGAAGAAAGGGUCAGUGCUAGGCAGUUACCUGCUGGACGACAAGCCGGUCAAACGACAACUGGCCUCUGCGGACCUUCCCUUCACCUUCCCGGUGGAUGUGGCAGUGGAAGAACCCAACAGAAAGAACUGUAAAUACAUCCCAGGUGACAGGACGUGGCUGAAGACAGGAGAAGGAGGCAGCAGGAACUUCGGAGAAGAGGGCGAAGACAAGCAGAGAUGGGCAUUGGCAGCAGAUGCUGAGUGGUUGAAGAUGACUUUGAAGGACGACACUGAUUGUAGAAAAAAUACAGAUGGAUUAGAUGAUGCUCCAUUGCCUCCUAGAGGAGAGCCCAUUGGCACCGAAACCAGGCUCCAGGCACUGGAACCAGCCAGCCGUUUCCCAGACCGCAUCUUUAAAGUGGUGUUUGUAGGGAACUCUGGCGUUGGGAAGAGUUCCUUCAUCCACCGCUUCUGCUAUGACAGGUUCUUGGCUGAGCUCAAUGCAACCAUUGGUAUCGACUACCAGGUGAAGAGUCUGAUGGUGGAUAACACCCAGGUUGCCUUACAGCUAUGGGAUACGGCUGGACAAGAAAGGUUUCGGAGCAUUACCAAGCAGUAUUUCCGGAAGGCGGACGGGAUUCUGGUGAUGUACGACAUUACGGCCGAGUGCUCCUUCACGGCAGUGCGGAACUGGAUGAGCAGUGUCCAGGAGGGCAUCGAGGAUGGAGCUGUGGUCUUUCUGCUUGGGAAUAAAAUAGAUGCUGCGCAGAGAGAGACCCGGAAUGUGCCCAAGGUGGAGGGGGAAAGGCUGGCAAAGGAAUACAAGGCUGUGUUCUACGAAUGCAGUGCGAUGACUGGCUAUAACAUCACGGAGCCCAUGCUGCACAUGGCCAGGUUGCUGACAGCACAAGAAGACAGGCAGAGGGAGAAUGCCCUGCAGCUGGAAGAUGUCAGCAGGAGGAAAGGGUGCUGCACAUGAGGCACAUCAAUGUGUCAGCAAGAGACAUGUGCCAACACUGUGUCCUGAAGCUGGGGUUCCUUUUGAGCAAGACGAAUCUGAUGGCAUCAGCUCUGCAGAGACUUGGGGAAGCUGCAGCUUUCCCCCAUCUGGGAAUUUCAAGGCACUAAAUCAGGCCAAAUAUGAUCUGCACGAUUCCAUUUCCCAACUCUGCAUGUAGCCCUGGUCUCUGGAGGCCUCUGCGUCUUUGGAGGAAUUCGGCUGGUCUUGGCUAAUAGCACAAACUGGGUCUUCUGUCUGGAGAGGUCACUUCCUUGUAAGAGGAUGAAGUCUUGUUCCUUUCCUUUCUGGCAAAGAAGUGGCCUAGCAGCAGAGCAUGGAGGACACAGUGGGUGCUGUUAAAUAGAAUUUUAGUGUAAGAGAUAAAGAAAUUAUUUUAAAUUUGGGCCAGAUCCAGGUAGUGAUCCAUCCGUCUCAAAGAGCAGCAUCUUCUCUUGGCUCUGUAACAGUAGAGCUCAGCUGAAAACCUGCUGUGGAAUGGGGGAAAACCUCCACCAGUUCCCGUAAGAGCUGGAUCACGCCCUGUGUUUACUGUGAAAUUUGGUUUGACUUGCCAAUACCGUAGUUAACUGAUCCCAUGUGUGGAUAUAGUGUGAACUGAGUCAUCCCGAUGGCUUUCUUCACGUUGUUACCCUAAUGGACGUUGUCGCUGUCCCUCUUUCACAGUUUACAGACCACAGAGCAGUUGCCCUGGGACUUGCAGGCGCUGGCAGCGCCGCUGAUUCAUGACCCCUUGCCAGAGCAGUGCUGUACACCCUGGGGAGGGGGCACGUUCAGCCUGUUUGAAGGCCGACUGCUGCCUGUUUCCUCCCAUUCUCUUAUCCUUUCCUGAAGCAGCUCCAGCAACCAGGGACUGACUGAUCUGCAGUACUGAAAGAUCCCACCCCAAUAGCUGGCCCACAGCGCUCGCAACCUACCUGGGCGGGAAGCACAAGGCGGCUGCCGGCCUGAAACAUACCCAGUGAAGCUUUUCCUCUCGCCGUGACCUUGGGCAGUAAUCACUUGCCUGGUGAAGGGUCUAAGAAAGAGCAGGGCCAAACCUGUUCCUGUUGGGAAGGGGCCUUCUUGUCACUCAGGAGCGGGGCAAAGCAGGGCGAGGGGGGGGGGCACGGGCCCCAAAAGCGCAUUUCUCGGCACAGCUGCGGCUGCGCCUGGGCACGAACUCCCUGCUGUGCUCUGGGGUGGGCUGCUUUCUGUUUUGUAGCUCAGUUGUUCUUAAAGCCUCGUCAGACUAAGCUUUUUUUGUAAUGCCCUGUUCCCCUCCUCCUCUGAGCCUGUUUCUGUAUGUGACUUUGAUGUUUCAGGCACAAGACGUGAUACUGCAGCAGUGAAGCGGUCCCCCCAGCCUUGCAGCGUAGGGAAGGCCUAUUUAUCCACUGUCUUUCCUCUCCUGGGAGAAGGCAAUUACUCUGAAUGUCUGCUUAUUGCACAAAUUUCUCUGGGAAUAUCCCAUGCAGGAAAAGUGCUCUGAGUCACCUAUAGCCCAUCAGUGCUACAAAGAAUUUCCAUGGUUCCUCCCAGUGCCCUUUACUGCUGAUAGGAAAGAGGAAGUUCUUCUCGGGAAGAGCAGGGUUCCUGACUAAAAGGAACAGCUAAAAGUAAUAAGCUCCUGUUCAAUCCUUACUGCAGGCUGGCUGUGGUUCACGCUGUGUUUAACCGCAGUAAUGCCUUCCAGAGGCUGGGAAUCGGAAAGUUAGAAGAGGUCCAGAAGGACCCAAGGCUGCUGGUGCGGAGUCUAGAGUAACACUGGCCGUGCUGCCAGUGGAACUGCUUGUGUUUGCAAGAAACAGUGUUUGGGAAGGGAAGUCCUCUCUAUUUUUCAGAAAGCACCAGUAAUCUGAACGCAGACGUGGCUUUCUAGCCAACGUGGACGCGAAGGAGCGCAGACGUUAUCGCCUGUUGAAUAGGUGAAACCCACUGCCUGAGUUGGGAGCGCUGCCGCAGUGAUCCCUCUGCUGUGGCGCUGACUGAGAACCAGAGUCUUUGGUUGGGGCCCAUCAGUAGUGGGAACAUUUACCUCCCUGUGGCAGCAGGAACUGGGAAGUUGCUGCAGGAGUAGCCAGUCUGCUAAUGUGGUGUGAACACGUACCUCCCACACUGUGCAGAGGACACGAAAGACAAAGGUGUGAAAUACAGCUGUUGCACAAGUAUGGGCCAGUCGAUGGAUUACCUUUAUCAGUGCUGUCAUAUUGCCACAGCAACAACUACCACGUGCGUGGGCUUUCUUAAUGUGCAACCUUAAGCAUGUUUUCUUAAGUGCGCAGAGUACAGGCAAUAAAGAAAUGCUGUCUUACAAA